CCGCGUUCUCCCCUCCCUGCUCAAUCCGCGCUUCAACUCACAGCGUAGCAAUCGGCCCUACAAUUUACAUCUCCGACGCAAUCUACCUUCGCAGAUGGUAGGAUUUUAACCUCCGCCUUCAACUUCGUUGUCGGCAGAAGCAUAGAUGAAAACUCCGAUUUGAUGCCUAUCUUCUCCGUUGUCCUCGCUGGCCUCCCCUACCAUGGACGAAGACUCCGAUUUGAGGCCGAAAGUUCUGGAUCCGCCUUCCUCAAUGGGCGGCGACUCUGUUUUGGGCCCGUCGGUGCUGGAUCUGCCAUCUUGAAGGAUGAUGACUCCGAUUUGGGGCCGCCACCGCUGGCGGAGGUGCGGUUGUUGUAUUCUGUUCUUCCUGCUUUCCUUAAAUGAAGAAAGAAAGCUUGAAUCUGCCUGCUUCUCGUCCUCUGCACAGCCCUGCUUGCUUCCUCCAUUCCAGAUCUAUGAUGAUGUUGCAGCGGCUGGGGAGUGGCGGGGCAGCGAUGGUUCAGGGAAAGCUUGUGUUUUCGUCAUUAUUGAGGAGAAGCAGCCUCAAAGAGCAUGGUCAAAGGAUCAGAUAUGGUCAUUCAAUGGCAACCCCAAAAUUGUGGGCAGGAGAUGAGAUUGGG